GACUCUCGUGUAUGCAUUGUCUAUAGUAUAUAUAGUUGCUCAUUUUACAGAGUGCAACAUUAAGACUGACAAAGACUCGACUAGUCGACGUUGCACUUCACUUGGGAUUGUUUCCUGUUUUUUGAAGACGUUAAUUUGUCACCAUGCAGUUCUGCUAUAACGCAACAAGCUUUACAACAGUUUGGUCACAUAAGGGUAUUAACCCUUGCUUUUUGGAAACGAUUUCAACUUCUAUCAUAUUUGUUUUCUUGUUGAUAUGUGGAUGUAUUCAGUGUUCAAUCUUCAGGAAGUACUCAAUACCAGUUGAUAAAAAGAGAUUCCAGGAAGGAUCAUGUGGAUUUUCCUUACAGAUGAUAUUCACUUUUCUUCUUGCAUUGGAAGCUGUUGUGCACGUCAUCUUACAGGAUGUGGUAAUUGAGCCAAAAUAUGUAGUGGGAUAUCAGUUACUAUCAGCACUUGCUAUGUCUGUUGUCUGGUUAUCAACAAUACGCCUGCUAUUGUUGGAACGAAACAGUGCUCUGCCAUCCAUUCCGACCCGCGGACAUGGCCUGGUACUCCUAGGAAUCUGGGGCCUGGCAUUCAUUAAAGAGAACUUGGCUUUUGUUUCGUGGUGGAGCCCGUUGUGGUGGUGGUCUCUUAAAACGGAUUCAGACAAGAUGGAGUUUGGCUUUUGGGUGGUGCGUUAUGUAUGCACUCUCCUGGUUGUAGUUAUAGGUCUAAGAGCUCCAGGUGUGCCAAGCAGUAGAUACCAUCUACUGAUCAACGAUGAGGAACAGCAAGACGGAAGUAGGUCAAGGACUCAUCAGGGCUCAACAUGGGCCAAUGUGCUAAAGAAACUGCGGAUGAUGUUACCCUAUGUGUGGCCCAAGGGUAGUUGGUGGCGUCAACUCAUUGUUAUUGGGUGUCUUGUGAUUCUGGGUGCGGGACGGGGUAUAAAUGUCUUGGUACCAAUAUACAGCAAAUACAUAGUGAACAGUUUGUCAGAGGGACCAGUGAGUACAACAGUCACAGAAGAUGUACACAAGCCAGAGUUUUGUUGGAAUUAUAUCCUCAUCUACUCCGUUCUGAUAUUCUUUAAGGGCGGUGGUUCAGGAACUUCAGGAUUCCUUAGCAACAUAAGAACGUUUCUAUGGAUACCAGUUCAACAAUUUACUACCCGGAAAAUACAGGUGAAACUUUUUCACCAUCUGCACAGUCUGUCGUUACGAUGGCACCUUCAGAGGAAGACAGGGGAGGUACUACGGGUCGUAGACAGAGGAACAAACAGUAUCAACAACCUUCUAAGUUACGUGGUAUUCCAGAUCUUACCAACCAUUGUUGAUAUUAUCAUCGCCAUCGUGUACUUCAUCACCCAGUUUAACUACCUCUUUGGUUUGGUAGUCUUUGUGUGUAUGGCGUUAUAUCUCGCGGUAACCAUUGGAGUAACAGAAUGGAGGACCAAAUACAGAAGAGAUAUGAACAAAUUGGACAAUGAACGUAACUCUAAAUCUGUUGAUUCUCUCCUCAACUUUGAAACGGUGAAAUAUUAUGGAGCAUCAGAAUUUGAGACCAACAGAUAUGAUGAAGCCAUUAAGAAGUACCAGACGGCUGAAUGGAAAUCUACGGCUUCCCUAAAUCUGCUCAACACUGGUCAAAACAUUGUCAUCACAGGAGGAGUUCUGACUGGUUCACUGCUGUGUGCUUGGGCUGUUGUCCACAGCUUAAAGGAUUUGAAAUUGACAGUUGGAGACUAUGUUCUGUUUGGAACCUAUAUCAACCAACUCUAUGCUCCCCUUAACUGGCUCGGUACCUAUUACAGAAUGAUCCAGCAAUCUUUCAUAGACAUGGAAAACAUGUUUGAGCUCUUGGAGGAAGAAAAAGAGGUCAAAGACAUACCAGGAGCCAAGCCUUUGGAAACUAGAAAUGGAGAAAUUCAGCUGAAAAAUGUCAACUUUUCAUAUGAACCGAGUAAACAGAUCUUGAAGGAUGUGAGUUUCCAUAUACCAUCUGGUCAGACAUAUGCUAUUGUUGGUCACUCGGGUAGUGGCAAGAGUACUAUCCUUCGUCUGUUGUUCCGGUUCUAUGAUAUUCAGAGUGGAAGCAUACUUAUAGAUGGCAAAGAUAUAUCUCUGGUACAGCAAGAAUCAUUGCGUCAGUGCAUUGGUGUUGUACCUCAAGACACAGUGCUGUUCAACUCCAACAUCCGCUAUAACAUUCGUUACGGCAAGUUCACAGCCUCUGAUCAGGAAGUAGAAGAUGCUGCGGAUAAUGCUGAUAUACACAGUCGUAUCUUAUCAUUUCCAAAUAAAUAUGACACAGUUGUUGGAGAGCGAGGGUUAAAACUAAGUGGAGGUGAAAAACAAAGAGUUGCUAUAGCAAGGACACUUCUCAAGUCUCCAGCCAUUGUCCUACUGGAUGAGGCAACAUCAGCACUGGAUACAAAGACAGAGAGAAACAUCCAGGCAUCUCUCGCCCGUGUCUGUGAAAAUAGGACCACCAUUAUUGUGGCUCAUCGUUUGUCCACGAUUAUCCAUGCCAACCAAAUCCUGGUGAUGAGUGAAGGAGAGAUCAUAGAGCGGGGAACGCAUGAAGAGUUGAUCGCUAAGGGAGACCAUUAUGCAAGCAUGUGGAAGGAACAGUUGACGAAACGAGAAGAUGUCUCGAUUCAAGGAGACAAUGAUGAAGACACAAGUCAAAUCUUAGAAUCCGGUAAUAGCUGAUGAUAACACAGGGAGAAGGUUACUAGAGUCUUCAUUUAACAAAGGCUGUUCCAGGAAUGAGAUGAGGAAUGAUUUACUAUUAAAAUCACGACAUGGAUGUGUGAUAUUAAUAGCCCUUCCAUGUAUCUUUGAGGAUUUAGAUAAAAAUUCAAAUUCCUUGGAUUCAUAUAAUGUUGUUUGUUGUGUACAUUAUUAGUGGAUUUUGUUUUCAAAAUUAUGUGGACUUAAAUUUUGUUUUGAAUGUCCUGCAUUAUUGCAUUCUGUGAAAGGUCAAUCAAUAUGAAGUUAAAUAAGGCAUUAAGAAAAAUUUUGUAUAAUGUUUAAUAUGAUAUUGACAGAAUUUGAUAUUACCUUACCAAAACCUAAAUAGUACAGGGCAAGUUGUUUUUUAAUUGUUUGGUAUUUAAUCCAUGUUUUGUAUGCUAUUUUUUUAAAGCUAGCUCUUUGGAAAACUUCUCCAAACUGCUUUGAGACUUAUAACAAAAUGUUGCUGGAGUGUACCCCAGUAUGUAAGGCCAAUAUAUGGAAAAUAUUGCCUGAAAAGUUGAUUUCUGGUCAUUAAUUUAUCAUAUUUAUAUUUCUUAUUUCAACUGUAUUUCUUGAAAAUCAUAGUUUAUGAAACAAAUAUAUUAAUUUAUAAAU